UGCCUGGUAACCAUUGUGAAGGGGGCCAGCAUUAUGGACCUGGCCAUCUGUUAACCCUGUGAGCACUCCCAUCUCACAGCAUCUCUGGUUCAAAGACCAGCUAGGAAGGUCCUGAGCAAGGGAGCUCCCAGCAACAGCGGGGAGGGGCAUGAUCCGCCAGUGAGGUCACAGAGCCCAGCAGUGCGCUCAGGCAAAGGAACCCAGGCCCCAGAAUGAACUUUGACCAGAAGGCUGUGAAAUUCCUGGCAAACUUUUACAUCAAUGGAGGCAAACACUGGACUCGGGGACCCCUGAGUCAGAAAUCUCUUCACCUCACCCAGUCCAAUGCUACUGUGCUAUGGUGGGACCAGGAGCUGGAGGCUGCCUGGGAUGAGAUGUGGCUCCCAAAGAUGAAGAGAGCUUCAAGCGGCUUCAAAUUAAAAUCAGGCACUCCUAAUGAGUCCACACCUAUUGGCACAGGGACUCUGAGGGAGCUGUGGCUAGAGAGACGUCCUCCAAUCCUGACAGACCUGGAUGUCCCUGGCCCAACCCAGUAUGAGGCGCCCAAUGUGUCUCUGCGAGAAUCUUCUCCACACCCCCAAUACACCAUCGGGCGCAAGUACCCGGGUCGAGAGGGUGGUGGCCGCAGGGCAUGGCAGACCAUGUGGCUCCAGAGUGAAAGCCCCUUCACACAGAAGACUGACUUCAACCGAGAGACAAAGUGGCCAUCGCCUGCCGAGUACACGCCGUUGAGUCAGCCUGCCUUCCCGGCCUUCAGCUUUGGAAGCCGCCGUCGCUCUUCGGCCAAAAUACCUGAGAGGCAUUUCCGCCCGGGGAUGCUCCGAGCCCGAGGUCCUUGUAACUAUACCCCACUCUUGGCUACCUCAAAGCCCUCUGGCGAGAAGCGACCCGGCCCCAACACCUAUAACAUCUUUCCUGGGUGCCGUCUGCAGAGCACACGCUCACCCGCCUUCUCCAUGAGCCGCUCUCCUGCGUUUGCAUCCUGGGUCAGCUCCAGUAAGGAAGACCUAGAAAAAGAGGCUUGGGGGUGGUUUGGGUCUUGGGCCGCAGGGGAAGGGAAGGAUGCUGGGGUGAGGACUAGGGUCAGCUCACUCUCUCUGCAGCCCGAACCCCAGGUCCAGCUGCCUACUACGUGGAAGACUGCUACAAUUCACGCUUCCCUUCUCCACCUGGAGUAGUUAUCCAAGGAGUGCGGAGACCCAAGCGCCAUGACACAGGCCCCUUCUGCACACUGUAGGCCCAUCGGAUAUAGAUUGCAAAACUGACCUCUCUUGAGGCUUUCCUAGGCUUCCUUUGGAACUCUUUGUAGCCUGGCCUUCUGACCCUCUAGACACCCCUCACCCACUCUUCUAGCUUAGGCUGUGCAAUAAGAAGAGUCUUCCUAGAGUCUCCCUAACCCCCGCUAUACCGAGAUACAAAUGAUUCUUCUGAACUGUGGUCUCUGGUGUGCCUGGUUGCCCAUCCUUUGCCUAAUGGGCUGUCUUGAAUAUGUGACUUCCUGCUUCCCUGGUAUUUCUGGCUUUCUUUGUUCCUGCAUGGUGUUCUUUUCUUCAGGAUUGAAAUAGUAGCCUGGGAACUAACCCUAAGCUUUCUGACCUAGGAUAGAAUAGGAAAAGAACCCUGUGGCAAUGUGGGACAACCUGAUCCAGUCACCCGAGGUCCAGCAUCUACCUGAGGAUCAGGGCUGCUUGCUUGGCUGUGGAACUAUUGGGAUGGGAUGGGAAGCCAGAACCUAUGGAGCUGUCUUCACACAGCCUUGCCCAGCCCAUGAGGUAGGACCCAGGGAGUCAGCUCACCAGACAUGGGUCUACUGGAGCCUCGACCUGAAGAUUCAACUGUUUUUGCUAACUUGUGUUCUGAGAACCCAAGCCCAAAGCCUUCAGCCCUAGCCCCUGCCCAGUGAUGGCUCCCUCAGCACUGUUGACCUGCCUUCCUACUUAGAAGGAGUACCCUUCAGGAGCCUCACCUUGCAGCUAGUCAUAGUAGUUUCUCCAGGGCCCUCUCCAUAUUUUCUUCCUCACCCAGACAUAGAUCUCACUAAAGAACAUUUUAAAAAUGUA